AUGAACGGAGUCGUGCCUCCCAACCCUACAGUGCAGCCUUUCUACUCCAUCCGCUCAACCCCCCACCCCUCGAUUCCCGGAACCCAAUCUCAGGUGGUGGAGUGUUGGGGGAUGAACGGAGUCGUGCCUCCCAACCCUACAGUGCAGCCUUUCUACUCCAUCCGCUCAACCCCCCACCCCUCGAUUCCCGGAACCCAAUCUCAGGUGGUGGAGUGUCGGGGGAUGAACGGAGUCGUGCCUCCCAACCCUACAGUGCAGCCUUUCUACUCUGUCCGCCCUAACCCCCAACCCCUCGAGCCCUCAACCCAAUCGCAGGUGGUGGAGUGUCGGGGGGUGAACGGCAUCGUGCCGCCCGACGCUACAGUGCGCGACGAGGCUCUUCGGCAGUAUCUGGUGGAGGCGCAUGCGCUCUUUCGUCUCUUCUUCGGCAGCAUCGACCGCCUGUUGCAGCAGCAGCAACCCCCUCAAGCCCCCUCAGCAGCAUCAACUCACCCCUCAGGAGUAGCAGGAGCCACACCUUCAUCAGAACUCCAUUCCGACACACAUUCGCAUGAUUCCCCAUCAACCGCGCCCCCCUCAGCCGAUUUAGCGCGUGCCUGCCUGCAAGCUUUCCUCCCGGACUUCCUCACAGGUGCGUGUCCCUUCUACCUCGUGUGGAGCGCACACGUCAUUCCCCUUCCCAGUCUGCGUUCACUGCUGUCUCUCUCGCACUCCUCUUCUCAAUUCUGA